GUUCUGCACACCGAGCAGAUGGAGUCGGUAUAAAAACCCGUCCUCUGCAGCGGAGAAACACCACCACAGCCUGAGUCUCAGCAUGGAGAACAGACUCCUCUUUCCGCACAGGAAAGCUCAAGAUGAGUAUUCACAGUGCAAGCCGACACGUUCGGGCUUAGAUAGCAGGGCCGUCUCCACCGGCAUGGAUUUGACUAACCCUGGGAAGUUUAAUGAGAAGGAAUUGAUGCAUGGCUUAAACGAUCGUCUCGCAGGAUUCAUAGAGAAGGUGCACCACCUGCAGUACCAGAAUACACUGCUAGAGAGAGAAAUCGGUGAGAUAAGAGGGAAAGCGAAACCCGCGUCUUGUCUGGAGGAAGAGUAUGGACCAGAGCUCAGGAAACUGAGGCAGCUGCUUCAGGAAAUCACUCAUCAGAAGCAUCAGAUUGAAGUCGAGCACGACAAUUUUGAGGAAGACCUGUCCAAUUUAAGGAGACAACAUGACCAGGAAGCGAGGAGCAGAUCGGAUGCAGAGAGCGAUAUCGUGGUCCUCAAGAAGGACAUUAAUGACGCGUAUCAGGCUAAACUACAUAUGGACAAGAAAGCGCAGGCUCUCGUGGAUGAAAUCCAGUUCCUUAAGGGAAACCAUGAAGCCGAGGUGUCAGAGAUAAUGGACCAAAUCCAGGAUGCACAGGUGACUGUCAAGGCGCAUGCAUUUGGAAACUCCGGAAUUACUGCGGCACUCCGGGACAUCAGGGCACAACUGGAAGGUCAUACCGUGUCUGACGUCCAGCAGCAGGGAGACAAUUUCCAAUCUCAGUUUGCAAGGCUAACAGAGGCAGCUGAGAGCCAGAGAGAGGCGUUAAAAGCGACCCAGCAAGAGAUCCAGGAGUACAGGAAGCGCCUGCAGACCAAGGACAUCGAGCUGGACUGCACUUAUGGCACCAGGGAGGCGCUGCAGAAGCAACUCCGUGACGUGGAGGAUCGCCACCAGGAAGAAAUGAUGCAUUACCAGAACACAAUCAAAGAACUUGAAAAUGAGCUCAUAAAUUGCAAAUUUGACAUGUCUGGUUACCUGCGGGAGUACCAGGACCUGUUGAAUGUGAAGAUGGCUUUGGAUGUGGAGAUAAUGACUUACAGGAAACUUCUCUGCGGUGAGGAGGCUCGUCUGACUGCGAUGUCCGACACCCACGUCUCCCUGCCCUACAUCUACCACCAGUCCCCCGUUUACACGCUGCCCUGUCUGAGACCGGGAGGCCCACACAGACGUGCCGAGCCCCACUACAAGUUCGUGGAGGAGAUCAUAACGGAGACCACCAGGGAAAUAGAGAUGUCCGAAUAUGAGGAGACGGGUUCAGAGGAGACAGAUGAGCAGGAGGGUACCAAAAGAGAUAGAGGGAGCAGUGAGGAAGAGAUGGAUAAUAAAGACAGUGGAAACGUGGAAAGAAAGCAGAUGUCUGACAGUGAGCAGAAUCAAGUAGCACCGGCUGGGGAUUUAGUGAAUGGAUGUGAUGCUGGCAGUCCUGUGGAGGUGGAUGAUAGUGACAAUGGUCAAAAAAGUAAAGAAGAGACUGAAGCAGCUGACGAUGAAGAGGAUAUAGAUACAAUUACUCCUAACACAGUCGUAUUAAGUGAAAGCCUUGAUGAGAAAGAUAACGAGCAACAGCAAAAAGUAGCUGAAGAGACAAAAGGAGAGAAAGAAGUUGGAGGUGCAGUGGUUGAGAAAGAUAUAUCUCAAAAGUCAGAUGAUUUAAAGCCAGAGGUCCCUGCGGAGGAUGAACUUCUUAAAAAAUCUGAUAGUAAAAAAGGAGAUGCUGAGAAAGAUAUUAUCCCAGCUCAAGCAGAGAAGCCUGUUGACGAGUCCUCGGCUCAGGUGUCUAGAGAAUCAGACAAAACUCAAGAGCUAAGCAGUGUUGAAGCCCAAGUUAAGGUACCUGCGCUAGAAACUGCAGAUCUAACAGAAGACACAAAAAUCACUCUUUCAGAGCUUUCACAAAAGACUCAAGUAUCUUUGACUACACCUAAGAGUGAGGCAAAGGAAAGCAACGUCCUAUUAAGUGAGGGCCUUUAUGAGAAGGAUAACCAGCAACAACAAAGAGUAGCUGAAACGACAACAUCUAAAGAAGCUCCAGGUGCAGUGGUUGAGAAAGAUAUCUCUCCAAAGUCAGAUGAUUUAAAGCCAGCGGUCCCUGUGGAGGAUGAACUUCUGAAAAAAAGUAGUAAAAAAGGAGAUGUUGAGAAAGAUAGUUUUAUCCCAGCGGAAGCAGAGAAGCCUGUUGACGAGACCUCGACUCAGGUGUCUCAAGAAUCAGACAAAACUCAAGAGCUAAGCAGCGUUGAAGAGCAAGAUAAGGUACCUGCUCUAGAAAUGGCAGUGAAAACUACAGAUUUAACACAAGAGACAAAAAGCACUAUUUUCAUAGAGAAAGAGAUUUCAGAAAAGACUCAAGUAUCUUUGAGUACACCAAAGAGUGAGGCAAAGGAAAGCAAAGUCUUAUCAAGUGAAAGCCUUGAUGAGAAGGACAACCAGCAACAACAAAAAGUAGCUGAAAAGACAAAAGAGGAGAAAGAAGCUCCAGGUGCAAUGGUUGAGAACGUUAUCUCUCCAAAGUCAGAUGAGUUAAAGCCAGAGGUCCCUGAUAGUAAAAAAGAAGAUGCUGAGAAAGAUAGUUUUAUCUCAGCUAAAGCAGAGAAGCCUGUUGACAAGUCCUCGGCUCAGGUGUCUCAAGAAUCAGACAAAACUCAAGAGCUAAGCAGUGUUGAAGAGCAAGUUAAGGUACCUGCUCUAGAAACAGACAAGAAAACUGCAGAUCUAACAGAAGACACAAAAAUCACUCUUUCAGAGCUUUCACAAAAGGUUCAAGUAUCUUUGACUACACCUAAGAGUGAGGCGAAGGAAAGCAACGUCCUAUUAAGUGAGAGCCUUGAUGAGAAGCAAAAUGAGAAACAACAAAAAGUAGCAGAAAAGACAAAAGAGGAGAAAGAAGCUACAGGUACAGUGGUUGAGAAAGAUAUCUCUCCAAAGUCAGAUGAUUUAAAGCCAGAGGUCCCUGCGGAGGAUGAACUUCUUAAAAAAUCUGAUAGUAAAAAAGGAGAUGCUGAGAAAGAUAUUAUCCCAGCGGAAGCAGAGAAGCCUGUUUACGAGACCUCGGCUCAGGUGUCUCAAGAAUCAGACAAAACUCAAGAGCUAAGCAGCGUUGAAGAGCAAGAUAAAGUACCUGCUUCAGAAACAGACAAGAAAACUGUAGAUUUAACAGAAGACACAAAGAGCACUCUGUCUGUAGAGAGAGAGCUUUCAGAAAAGACUCAAGUAUCUUUGAGUACACCGAAGAUUGAGGCAAAGGAAAGCAAAGUCUUAUCAAGUGAGAGCCUUGAUGAGAAGGAUAACCAGCAACAACUAAAAGUAGCUGAAAAGACAAAAGAGGAGAAAGAAGCUGCAGGUGCAAUGAUUGAGAAAGAUAUCUCUCCAAAGUCAGAUGAUUUAAAGCCAGAGGUCCCUGUGGAGGAUGAACUUCUGAAAAGAUCUGAUAGUAAAAAAGGAGAUGCUGAGAAAGAUAGUUUUAUCCCAGCUCAAGCAGAGAAGCCUGUUGACAAGUCCUCGACUCAGGUGUCUAGAGAAUCAGACAAAACUCAAGAGCUAAGCAGUGUUGAAGAGCAAGUUAAGGUAACUGCUUCAGAAACGGCAGAGAAAACUGCAGAUCAAACAGAAGACACACAAAUCACUCUUUCAGAGCUUUCAGAAAAGGUUCAAGUAUCUUUGACGACACCCAAGAGUGAGGCGAAGGAAAGAAAAGUCUUAUUAAGUGAGAGCCUUGAUGAGAAGGACAACCAGCAACAACAAAAAGUAGCUGAAAAGAUAACAUCUAAAGAGGCUCCAGGUACAAUUUUAACAGUUGAGAAAGAUAGUUUUAUCCCAGCUCAAGCAGAGAAGCCUGUUGACGAGACCUCAGCUCAGGUGUCUCAAGAAUCAGACAAAACUCAAGAGCUAAGCAGCGUUGAAGAGCAAGUUAAGGUACCUGCUUCAGAAACAGACAAGAAAACUGCAGGUUUACCAGAAGACCCAAAGAGCACUGUGUCCAUUGAGAAAGAGCUUUCAGAAAAGGUUACAGUAUCUUUGACUACACCGAAGAUUGAGGCAAAGGAAAGCAAGGUCUUAUCAAGUGAGAGCCUUGAUGAGAAGGAUAACCAGCAACAACUAAAAGUAGCUGAAACGACAAAAGAGGAGAAAGAAGCUGCAGGUGCAAUGAUUGAGAACGUUAUCUCUCCAAAGUCAGAUGAUUUAAAGCCAGAGGUCCCUGUGGAGGAUGAACUUCAGAAAAAAUCUGAUAGUAAAAAAGGAGAUGCUGAGAAAGAUAGUUUUAUCCCAGCUCAAGCAGAGAAGCCUGUUGACAAAUCCUCGACUCAGGUGUCUCAAGAAUCAGACAAAACUCAAGAGCUGAGCAGCGUUGAAGAGCAAGAUAAGAUACCUGCUCUAGAAACAGCCGAGAAAACUGCAGAUCUAACAGAAGACACAAAAAUCACUCUUUCAGAGCUUUCACAAAAGACUCAAGUAUCUUUGACUACACCUAAGAGUGAGGCGAAGGAAAGCAACGUCCUAUUAAGUGAGGGCCUUUAUGAGAAGGAUAACCAGCAACAACAAAGAGUAGCUGAAACGACAACAUCUAAAGAAGCUCCAGGUGCAGUGGUUGAGAAAGAUAUCUCUCCAAAGUCAGAUGAUUUAAAGCCAGCGGUCCCUGUGGAGGAUGAACUUCUGAAAAAAAGUAGUAAAAAAGGAGAUGCUGAGAAAGAUAGUUUUAUCCUACCUCAAGCAGAGAAGCCUGUUGACGAGACCUCGACUCAGGUGUCUCAAGAAUCAGACAAAACUCAAGAGCUAAGCAGUGUUGAAGAGCAAGUUAAGGUACCUGCUCUAGAAAUGGCAGUGAAAACUACAGAUUUAACACAAGAGACAAAAAGCACUAUUUUCAAAGAGAAAGAGCUUUCAGAAAAGACUCAAGUAUCUUUGAGUACACCAAAGAGUGAGGCAAAGGAAAGCAAAGUCUUAUCAAGUGAAAGCCUUGAUGAGAAGGAGAACCAGCAACAACACAAAGUAGCUGAAAAGACAAAAGAGGAGAAAGAAGCUGCAGGUGCAAUGGUUGAGAACGUUAUCUCUCCAAAGUCAGAUGAGUUAAAGCCAAAAGUCCCUGAUAGUAAAAAAGAUGAUGCUGAGAAAGAUAGUUUUAUCCAAGCUCAAGCAGAGAAGGCUGUUGACGAGUCCUCGGCUCAGGUGUCUCAAGAAUCAGACAAAACUCAAGAGCUAAGCAGUGUUGAAGAGCAAGUUAAGGUACCUGCUUCAGAAACAGCCGAGAAAACUGCAGAUCAAACAGAAGACACAAAAAUCACUCUUUCAGAGCUUUCAGAAAAGACUCAAGUAUCUUUGACUACACCAAAGAGUGAGGCUAAGGAAAGCAACGUCCUAUCAAGUGAGGGCCUUGAUGAGAAGGAUAACCAGCAACAAGAAAGAGUAGCUGAAACGACAACAUCUAAAGAAGCUCCAGGUGCAGUGGUUGAGAAAGAUAUCUCUCCAAAGUCAGAUGAUUUAAAGCCAGAGGUCCCUGUGGAGGAUGAACUUCUGAAAAAAUCUGAUAGUAAAAAAGGAGAUGCUGAGAAAGAUAGUUUUAUCCCAGCUCAAGCAGAGAAGCCUGUUGACGAGACCUCAGCUCAGAUGUCUCAAGAAUCAGACAAAACUCAGGAGCUAAGCAGCGUUGAAGAGCAAGAUAAGAUACCUGCUUCAGAAACAGAAAAGAAAACUGCAGGUUUACCAGAAGACACAAAGAGCACUGUGUCCAUUGAGAAAGAGCUUUCAGAAAAGGUUACAGUAUCUUUGAGUACACCGAAGAUUGAGGCAAAGGAAAGCAAGGUCUUAUCAAGUGAGAGCCUUGAUGAGAAGGACAACCAGCAACAACUAAAAGUAGCUGAAACGACAAAAGAGGAGAAAGAAGCUGCAGGUGCAGUGGUUGAGAAAGAUAUCUCUCCAAAGUCAGAUGAGUUAAAGCCAAAAGUCCCUGAUAGUAAAAAAGAAGAUGCUGAGAAAGAUAGUUUUAUCCCAGCUCAAGCAGAGAAGCCUGUUGACGAGUCCUCGGCUCAGGUGUCUCAAGAAUCAGACAAAGCUCAAGAGCUAAGCAGUGUUGAAGAGCAAGUUAAGGUAACUGCUUCAGAAACGGCAGAGAAAACUGCAGAUCUAACAGAAGACACACAAAUCACUCUUUCAGAGCUUUCAGAAAAGGUUCAAGUAUCUUUGACGACACCUAAGAGUGAGGCGAAGGAAAGCAAAGUCUUAUUAAGUGAGAGCCUUGAUGAGAAGGACAACCAGCAACAACAAAAAGUAGCUGAAAAGAUAACAUCUAAAGAUGCUCCAGGUACAAUUUUAACAGUUGAGAAAGAUAUCUCUCCAAAGUCAGAUGAUUUAAAGCCAGAGGUCCCUGUGGAGGAUGAACUUCUGAAAAAAUCUGAUAGUAAAAAAGGAGAUGCUGAGAAAGAUAGUUUUAUCCCAGCUCAAGCAGAGAAGCCUGUUGACGAGACCUCAGCUCAGAUGUCUAGAGAAUCAGACAAAACUCAAGAGCUAAGCAGUGUUGAAGAGCAAGAUAAGGUACCUGCUCUAGAAAUGGCAGUGAAAACUACAGAUGUAACACAAGAAACAAAAAGCACUAUUUUCAAAGAGAAAGAGCUUUCACAAAAGACUCAAGUAUCUUUGACUACACCAAAGAGUGAGGCAAAGGAAAGCAAAGUCUUAUCAAGUGAAAGCCUUGAUGAGAAGGAUAACCAGCAACAACUAAAAGUAGCUGAAAAGACAAAAGAGGAGAAAGAAGCUGCAGGUGCAAUGGUUGAGAACGUUAUCUCUCCAAAGUCAGAUGAGUUAAAGCCAAAAGUCCCUGAUAGUAAAAAAGAAGAUGCUGAGAAAGAUAGUUUUAUCCCAGCUCAAGCAGAGAAGCCUGUUGACGAGACCUCAGCUCAGGUUUCUCAAGAAUCAGACAAAACUCAAGAGCUAAGCAGCGUUGAAGAGCAAGAUAAGAUACCUGCUUCAGAAACAGACAAGAAAACUGCAGGUUUACCAGAAGACACAAAGAGCACUGUGUCCAUUGAGAAAGAGCUUUCAGAAAAGACUCAAGUAUCUUUGACUACACCGAAGAUUGAGGCAAAGGAAAGCAAGGUCUUAUCAAGUGAGAGCCUUGAUGAGAAGGAUAACCAGCAACAACUAAAAGUAGCUGAAACGACAAAAGAGGAGAAAGAAGCUGCAGGUGCAGUGGUUGAGAACGUUAUCUCUCCAAAGUCAGAUGAUUUAAAGCCAAAAGUCCCUGAUAGUAAAAAAGAUGAUGCUGAGAAAGAUAGUUUUAUCCCAGCUCAAGCAGAGAAGCCUGUUGACAAGACCUCGACUCAGGUGUCUAAAGAAUCAGACAAAACUCAAGAGCUAACCAGUGUUGAAGAGCAAGAUAAGAUACCUGCUUCAGAAACAACCGAGAAACCCAUAGAUUUACCAGGAGAGGCAAAAAGCACUCUGUCCGUAGAGAAACAGAUUCCAGAAAAGGCUCAAGUGUCUUUGACUACACCGAAGAUUGACGCAAAGGAAAGCAAAGUCUUAUUAAGUGAGAGCCUUGAUGAGAAGGAAAAUGACCAACAACAAAAAGUAGCUGAAGAGACCAAAGAAAAUAUAGAAGCUGCAGGUGCAAUGGUUGAGAAAGAUAUCUCUCCAAAGUCAGAUGAGUUAAAGCCAGAUGUCCCUGAUAGUAAAAAAGGAGAUGCUGAGAAAGAUAGUUUUAUCUCAGCUCAAGCAGAGAAGGCUGUUGACGAGUCCUUGACUCAGGUGUCUCAAGAAUCAGACAAAACUCAAGAGCUAAGCAGUGUUGAAGAGCAAGUUAAGGUACCUGCUUCAGAAACAGCAGAGAAAACCUUAGAUCUAACAGCAGAGGCAACGAGCACCCUGUCUGAAGAGAAGGAGCUUUCCCAAAAGGCUCAAGUAUCUUUGAGUACACCAAAGAGUGAGGCAAAGGAAAUCAGUAUAUCGGAAGCCUGCAAAGGUGAGGACAAAGUAGCAAGAGUCAUUGAAGAUGAUAAACAUGGUAGCAUUAAAGAUGAAAAUAAAGAGUCUUCUCCUGAAUCUGAUGUGAAAAGUCUUCCUCAAGUGGAGGACCAGAAGCUGAACAGUGGGCGGGGAACCAAUGAAGUCCAAACUGUAUUGCCAGGAGAAAAGACAGCCGUCAAUACAGAAAUCAAAAAGAUGGAUCAGGGAGUACCGGAAGGAAGCCAGGAUCAGACACUGCCUGAAGAUUCAGAGAACAUAAAGGAUCCUCAAGGUAUAACUGAGAAGGUGGAGAGUAGUAAGUCAGAGAAAUAAGAGCUCUAUAAAACAGGAAAUAUCUGCUAAGGCUUUGGAAGUGACGAGAUUUCCACCUGAAAUUGAAUGUGACAGCAGCUGGCAGGCAAAUAUCAGGGACAGUGAAGCUAAAAGUAGAGAAAGCUUAACUAAUGCAGAAGCAAAUGAGAGGCAUAAGCUGAGCAAAGCACAAGGAAGGAAGCGGCAAUUCUCUUCACAAUGAAAAGGAGAGCAUGAUUUUUCUCUACAGCUUUGCCUUCGAACUUGAAAUGUGAUGCAUUCAUAUUGUUUGACUCACCACUCAAUGUUAUCAUGAAUGUAAAAUAUGCAAAGUUACAUUUUUACUAGCAUCUAUCUUUACUUGCUUUGGUAUGUGCUGACAAAUAAAUACAAUA